UCUCUUUCUCUUUCUUAUUUUCUUUCUCGAUCGAAAAUAAAAUCACUCUACAUUAUUCGGUCGUGCUAACGUUGAUGUUCUUUAUUGGAGGCUGAUACCCUUUAGAACGGAGCAUCUGCAAGGCGCGUCUUUUUUACGCGACGCGCGGCAUUUCCAGGGUUACCGCUGCGGGCGAACCCCGCCCGUCGGAUUUCACGUGUGCGGGGCAGUCUGAGAGGGUGAAUAAGUCCGAGCCGAAACUUAACGACGUAAUGAACGUCUGACAGAGGAUUAUUUAUCGACGGCAACGGGGCAACGGAAGAAGGGCCGACAUUCGGUCAGGGGGAAAAGCGGGAGGGAAGACGAACGAUCGGCACCGUGGACAAAAUUGGCGCGGCAAUUAGCGCGGGGUAAGGGGCCAGUGACUUCUUUUAAUUGAAGUGUAUACAAUACGGAAUUUGCUUUCGCUAAUUGAUCGCCCGAUGAUUUGUCGGCUCGGGAUAAUAAGACACGCGCAUUAGGAACGGAGAAAGAGAGAGAGAGAGAGAGAGAGAGAGAGAGAAAGAGAGAAAGAGAGAGACGGAAAGGAAUAAGCGCGCGGAAGGAUUAUCGAUUCCCUUAUAUGUUUAUAACGAGCCGUGAGUUAGAGUUGUAAAAUUAGUCGGUCGAUUAACGUAUGCGAAAUACAAAUGAAGAAGCCAAGCAGCAGCGAGGCGAGUCUAACUCAAGACAAAGAACCGUUGACUUCUUUUAACAUGAAUUACACCGCUGUGUAAUUUUCGUGUGAAUGAAAUUCGGCGAAAGAAUGUUUAGAACACCUGAGAAGGCCGAGGUAUCGAGGAAAUCGUGUCUUAAUAAAGUAUAAUCAUUGAAUCGAAUAGAGAAAGAGAGAUUUAAUAGGAGGAUUCGAUCUUUAUACGGAAAGACCCGAGGUCGAUACUCGUCGGUCGAACUCCAUCAAGCGAGAUGGCACCGAUCUUUAAAUGGUAAAGGCAGGGAUAAAUUGUUUUGGCUCCGCCCUGUAGUAAAACAAAUGAUCACAAAGAUACCGCUUGCUCGUUAAAGUCAUUCCCGCGAAGGUGGUCUCGCUCUCGCUCUUUCGCUUUAUCUCUCUCUCUCUCUCUCUCUCUUACUCUCUUCUUCUCAUUUUUCUCUUUCAGGAUAUUCUUCGUUACGCGAAGCGUAUAAUUUUCGAUAGAACCGAACGUUAGAAAAACGCAGCGCGUCGGCGAUGCUAAUUAGCGCGAACGAGUAAUAAGUAAGUCGUAUCCGGUGAGCGGUCAGGCUCGUCUUGGUCAUAUCGAGAGGGUCACGCGAGACUUUCACGCGAGUAACGCUUUAAACAGACAAAAAAGAAACAGCGGUCGUUGACGAAUUUUACUUUCUUCGCGAUUCAUACUCUUUGCAAUGACGAGAUUUCAGGAUAAAUUCGGAAGCAACUUUUUCUGAGCGCAUGCAAAGUAUAUAAGGUUUUUUCGGUCACGAUUACAAAGAUAUCGUUUCUCGUCGCUGGGCUAUCAUCUGGUCCCAAUUCUGUUACACGAACUAAGAUGGUUUUCGUGUACUGACCCUUCAUAUAACUCAACGUUAAUUAUUCUCGCGAUUAAACAUUAAGUCCAAAUUCUCUCGAGGUCGUUUGAAAUCGAUCGUGGACUCCAACGAAGAAUAAUUACGUUCAUUCAUAUCAGAGGCUUAGUUACUGAUAUUUCUAAUAGACGGUCUCAGAUAUCAUAUUUACAUAAAUGAGAUCGACUAAUGACCAAAAUUAGUUAUACCGAGAGAGAGAGAGAGAAAGAGAAAAAGAGAGGUAUAUUCGAACUUCCAGCUUCCAAAUUCAGGUUCCCAUUAGGUAGCCGUUGGACGAAGGGCCUUUGGAACAGCGAUUCCCCAAUUCUUUCGAGCGUCAUACUGUCCCUGGCCGUAUUAUUAGACGCAUUUUGACUUUUCAAUAGAAUACAAGUUAAGACAAGAAGAAAAGCAACUAAUUUUAUGUUUACUCCAUUAGAAUGAUUCCCGGUGUCAAUCAGCGCUUUCAGUUCUGCAACCUUCUGAGACGUCGAAUCACUUGUUUCGUCCAUCAUUUUUGCGAACAAUAUUAAUAUUUUUCCGCCGGUGAUCAAGGAAUUUGAAGUUUCAACUGAACAAACAUAAGACUAAACUCACGUCUGUUCCCGUUAUUAUGAAUAAUGCAACUAGCGCGGACUCAUACUUGUUCAUACCGAAGGUCGUUGUAACAACCAAGUGAAAUGACGUCGUAAAAAAAGAUACCUUUUACAGAAUAAUUCCUUAACGUAAUUCGAUCGGUGGAUGAGCCGUGUUAUAAAGCUGGUCCUCGGGAGUCGAUGAAAUAUGAAAAAUUAAGUAUUGCGUCUAAUAAUACGAUUUGCAGGAACUGUAGGCUCUCGAUUCGGGGAGCGGGAGAGGGUUAACGGCAAGCGAUCGCUCCUCUUAUUCGGUCGCGCGACGCCCGCCCGACCGGCAUCCCCGCGUGUCGAUCACCGCGGGUGCGGGCCUCCUCGUUCAUCGAGGCAGGAGGAGGCCAAGUAGGAGGCGAAGUAGGAGGAAGUGAAGUAGUAGGAGGACUCCUCCACCACCACCGUUGGCUGGCAAAUCCUGCGGGAGUGCUGCUCCGACGGACACCUGUAAGCACGCAGACUCCCUGCAGCGCCGGACGCACGGUGCCACGGGCAAGAGUCGCAACGCCGAAAUCAGAUCCUGAUCAGGAUCCUCGCGUCUCGAGCCGCUUCUAUUCCUUCGCUCGCUUCGCGAUCAUCGCGCGAGUGUCCCGAGAAACAGAGAGAGAGAGAGAGAGAGAGAGUGCCUGGUGCGCGUGUCGAAUUUUUCAGAGCCGGCUCGCGAAAGAGAGAGACAGCUCCGUUUCCGAUCGCGCGGAAAUUCGCGGAGGACUCGGAAGAAAUCCUCGAGUCGUCCAGAAGACGAUAAUCUCUCUCGUCUUCGAUCAACGGAGUGAAUUCCGCGGAAGAUCCUCGAAGAGCUCACGAACGCGGAUUCAACGCGGAAACUCGCCGAUCGGAGGAGCUUUCCCGAUCGCGGGAGAGUCGCGGAGAUCCAUCGAUCGUCGAGCGAUUCGGCUCGCAAGUGUGGCCCCGACGUCGUCCUCGUCCCGACCGUCCCGUCGCGAUCCCGCCGCCGGCUUUCGGCCGCGAAUCUAUUCCCGUCGGCGUGCGCACCGCGAUCCGCGCUUCUUCAUUUCGAAUUCGAAUUCGCAGCUCCCGGCCCGUCAAUGCACGCCACGGUGCAUUCGAAUUCGCGCGAUCGCAAGCACCUCUGCCGGGAGAGUCGCGGCUCGCGCUCCGAUUGAGACCAGCGGACUUCCUCGGUGUGCUUCCUCUCGUUUUCAAUCGUUAGUAAUUGGAUUCUAACGAGAGACCCGUGUCGAUAGGAGGAGGACACUUCCCAGUUCCCGGUGAGAAUUGCGCGCGAGACAAUCUCUGCGACGGCGGCACCUCGUCUCCGAAAAACUGACUCCCCGUGAGCGGCCGUCUUUAUCGAUUAGCCCGAUCGCGCGGCGGAAAUGAGAAAUUCACGAUGGGAAUGUCCCCGGAAAAGCUAGACACGAUCAAUAAUUGGAAGCGUGACCGUUGAAAUAACGCACGAUAAUAAUAUCGAGCAGGAGCUGGCGCGCUAAGCGUACACGCAUACACUCAUGGCCGCGCCGAGAAGAUAAAGAUAAUAAUUUCCCGUAACAAAUGGCGACGCUUUUCGCGCGUUGAAACGCCGUGAGGAUAAAGGUAAUCAUUCCCGUCUGAAAGAUUUUCGUUUUCCUCGCGAGCGAGAGGAGGGAUCCAGCGGACUGUUUGAUCGCGCGAUCACCGCGCGAGGUGGCACGCGAUGGACGCGACGAAGAGGUCUCGAAUCUUCGCGGAGCAGCGAUCCACGCAGCAACGACGGACGGCCGGCGGUCUCUGAAGGAGAUUUUCCGCGCCGACGGGAAAUCGUCUUCGAGGGCUUCCUUCCGCGAACGAAAGAGAGAGAGAGAGAGAGAGAGAGAGAGCGCGACGAUGUUAACCCUCUAGAAUGCGAAACGGGAAAUGAUGCGGAUUAAGAAGCGAAGCGGUGCCAAGGUCUGGCUUCUUCUGCUGCUCCUCGUACUGUUGGCCCAGGGUGGCGGAUGUAUAAAAUGGCUGUAAGUAAUCCCCGAUCCACUUUUCACCACCGUCCGAUUCCGUCGCGGUGAUCGCGCGCGCUCGCGACGAUCCCCCCUCCCCUCCCUCCUCCCUAUAAUUUCUUCGUCUCGCGCGUUCACGUAACUCGUUGACGUUGCGGUAAAUCUCCGCGACAGAAUCCGCGUCCGCGUGGCAUUAUGACACGCUCGUGGACACGUUCGAAAUCAGUCAGUCAGAUCGGCGCGGGGGAGAAACUCGUCCUAUUGCGUGGAGAAUAAUCUCCGGACGGUGAUUUUUGUACACUGAAGAAGAAUUUCCGGUCGAAUAAACGUCGAUCAAACGAUGCGUCCGAUUGUUAUUUUUAUUAUCCAAUCAAGCAAUCGAUACCUUUAUCCGAUGAAAUAUCCGAUGAAGUUACCGAUAAAAUUACCGAUGAGACCUAAUCGGCAAAUUAGUCGCCUUUCGUACAUCCGUUGUGUAAUUUGCAUCGCAUAAAGACACGACUCGAUCGGACAUAUUCGUUUGUUACUUUUUAAUUGGAUCAUCCGACCGGAUAUGAUCGGACAUUUUUCUCGGUGUGCGAAAGGCACUUAUUGGAUGCUCGUUUCGCACGAGCCGAAAUUUCUUACAACGCGUGUCCUCAUUUUUGUUUGUCCCGACGUCAUUCCUCCCAUCGUCGCUGCAAAGCGACGUCUUCAUUUCGCAUGCUUCGACGAGUUUAUUCACUCCGAUAAUAAUACAGAAAAGAAGAAUAGGCUCCCACAGCUAAAAACUAACCCCCGCGGUUAAAAAUUAGCUGUCCAUGUAUUAAAUUGAAGUUUAGUUGAUUUAGCUGAUUUUUUGUCCCCGUACGUAGUUUUUAGCUCCUAAAAACUAGCUCUGGUAACCAAAUUUCAGUUGUAUUAUACUAUAUAAUUCUUUUUUUCCGUGAAGCUUUUUCUGAUGGCGAGCUUUCAACACGUGCUAAUUGAAGAUACUCGAUAUUCCACUGAAGUAUUCAGAUUUCGAACAUUUCGCGUUAAGGGUGUUUCUAAAAUCGAUGAUUAAAAAUCGCAUUUUUAAAACCUACAAUUUUCUUUACACUCAAUAUUUUGGACAAUCAAUCUCGUAAUUACGUAAUUGUAAUAUGAGCUGAAAGUGUGAGCGCACGAUGUAGUCGGACGUUCCUCAAUCAUCGUGCCUAGAGAAUAAGAGAGAGAGAAAGAGAGAAAGAGAGAGAGAAAGAGUAGAGGGAAAGGAAGAAAGAAGAACAGAAUAGAAGUAUCCGAAAAGUUUUUUGAUGAUCGAGGAACCCUCGCAAUAACGAGUUCCAUUCGCGCUCUCACGUUCGCUCGCGGUGGAGCGGGUUCGAAGAUUAAUGUAGGUCCGUUAAUGAGAAACAAAUAGAUUAGCGGCCGAGAGGGGGACACUCGGGGUCGGGCGAAGCGAGGGAGACGCGGCUUAUUCCCGAUCUCGAUCGUUAGUUUUCUCGGAUCGAGGAGAGAUCGAACACGGCGUGAUUUAAGGACGAUCCGGUGGCGGCACGAUGUAAAUUUCGUGCUCGAGGAAUGAAGAUAUCGUCGAAGGCUGCUUUAUGGAUAUCGCAUAAAUAGCGCAACAGCGCGUUGCUCCUCGCCUCCUCAUUAUAUUCCAGCUAAUAGCGUUUCUCGCGAAGGAAGGAGAGAGAUCGCGGACGAGAUCGGCGACGGCGUCGGUUUCAGAAAGGCCACGCAGCUCGCGGCCGAUCUCGCGCUCGACUCAUUUCUCUCUCGCAAACGUCGCUUUUAAUUAUCGACGACGACUUCCUCGAGCCGGAGGAGAGUCGAGAGGGAGCACGUCGGUUCUUCGCAAAAUAUUUCGACGGAGCUUUCUUCUUUUUCGUCGCUUCAUCGGGCAAUAUACCCGAAAGAAUUCUUCCUCUCUCUUUCCUUCGCUCGAUUCCCCACGACGCAGCGACAGAGCGCCUGAAGAAAAGCCGUCGUCGUGGUCAUUUUUAGAUCCGGGCCAAUUUCUAGAUCUGGACUAUCAUUGAUCGUGGACCACAGAAGUGACCGGCCCGCGAGCUCCGACUUGGCAGCAAAUAGACAGAUUUCAAAUAAACAGAGCGAACGCGCGAGAGAGAGCUCGCCACCGGCGCUCUUCUUCGCGCCGCGAAACUCCGUUGUACGCUCUUAAGCGUGCGUCACAUAGUACCUUUGAAUCCGACGUGCUAAUUCCUAAAUGGAAUCUAUUUCGAGUCACUCGCCGCAUGGCGGAUAUUUUUCCCAAAAGUCCGAAGAGUACGGGAAGUAACGGUGGUACACGAGGUAAUGAUGAACAUAUAGCGAUUCGAGAUCGGAGAUCCACCGUCCUUACGAAGCGUGGAUGAUGCGCAAAACCUUACGUGACUUUUUCGGUAAAUACGAAAGCGAGGUAAAAGGGAAAUGAUCAUCACUUCAAUUCCAAGAUACACGUUUGAGGAGGGACGAACGGAAAAUUGAAUGGGAAAAGGGUGAAAACGGCAGAAUGGGUGCCUCGAAUUCACCAGAACACAUAUCGCCAGUCUUUCGUGUUAAAUAUGUACACCUCCAGUCGUCAUUUUACGCACACGUUAACGUAAAAGUGAACAAUUCUAUUUUCACCGUAAAAUUACAUUUUCUCCGUGUAAUGUAUCUUAUCACGCCGAAGACUUCUCGAUUUCGAAGUACUACCUUCUCAUCUAUCUUUUUACGAUACUCACGUCCCUUCUAAUUACGCGGGGUUUUCAUUUCAACGCGCACCCCGAAUUUUCGAUACUCAAGAGCUCAAGGGUGUAUUCGCUUCCCUCCUGUGCCUUCCUCCGCUCCGCUCCGAGAGCGCAUUUCGCAAGCCGCUCCUCAUCAUCGCUCGCCGAUUUCUAUCAAUCAUCCCUCACGCCGGGACUCCUCUCAUGCGGAGCUCGUCCGUCGAAGACGUCCCGUCGUAACAUUCAAGGCCGCAGAGCAGAGGGCCGAUCGUCGGGCAACCCUCCUUACUCGAGGAGAGUCCUCCGGUCGCUCUGCGUAUACGCGUUAAUUGCCGUGCGAUUCGCAUGGCGAGUUUCAUCAUUCAGAGGCCGGCAAAGAAGGGUACGAGGCCUACCGGGACGAUCGCCGGCCGGCAGCCUGGGAGGGGGUGAGAAAAGCGGAAACAGAGAGAAGGCUGCGCGGCCGGUGGAUGAUGAAUGGCGGAGUGAUGGUGGUUUUGCGUGCGAAACCAAAAUAGCGGGGGAGAGAACGCGAGGCGACGAGAGAGGAGGGAAAAUGCGGGAAAGGAAGACGAGGCGCGAGGCACGAAGCUCGUCAGAUGGGUGGCCGGGGGGGGGGGGGGAUGAUUAGGGGUUGCCCGCGAAUCGUGAUUUAUAAACGGCGCUUUCCAAGAACUCACCCUUCUCCCUCUCCCCCCAAAAGCGAGAGAGAUUCUCGGGUCGAGGCGAUUCUUUUGUUUAUAAUUAUUAUCGCGGCCGACAUUGACGGAUGAUAAUCGAAGGGGCGGGCGGUCCGAAAUCGCGCGUUCUCAUUACGUCGCCGAGGAGGGAGGGGGAGGGGAACACAAAGCGGCCAUCGAUCCCCUGUGUCUCGGGAGACUCGCCAGCGACAGGGCAGCGGUGACAUGUUCAACGAUGAUUUUUCUGCAUUAAGGCGCGGCCGGCAAUCCAGCCGCGUUACGAUCCUUCAUCCGGAAACGGCGGAUCCUUCGAAACGAAGAAAAAUGACGCUCGUCUCGGAGCCGGCUCGGAGGAAGGGACGAGGUGAGAGAGGGCUCGAUCGUUUUUUGAGUCGGCGGUGGUUGUGAAAAUUUCAGGAGACUCGGACGAGAAGCGAACGAGCUGCCGCCGGAUAUAAAUAGAUAAGCGGAGACUUGCUUCUCCUCGGACGCUCCGCUCCUUCUCGCCGCGUCUCGAGGUGCGGCCGAUACGCCCGAUAUGAUUCCCUAAUCUCCUCGUGAAAAAGGAAGAAGGCGAGAGAGAAGAGAAAAAAACGGAAAACGAGCGGACGGCCGAUCUCGGAUCGCGUCUUAUGAAUUCAUCAAUCAUCGGCGGGCCGGGCGAUCGGAGGAUCGCCAGGACUCGAUGACUCCGAGACGACGGCGACGUCGCGCAGAUAACAUUCUCGCGAUGCGAUCCGCGAGCCUUUCAGCGGGACCGGCCGUUUCUUCGUGGAGAUCGAAGCCGAGGAUCGAUUUAUAAUAAUUUACGCUGCGCCCUUGACGCGCGUGCGCGCGAGAUCGCUGACCGUAAGUAGUCAGCGCGCUGAAUCACACUAGCGCGCUCGCUAUUUAUAAGAUCACUCUCUCUCUCUCUCUCCUCGACGGGGAGCGAUCUUUACAAUGCAUCGCUCGUAAAUCACAUUCGCAUUCUCGCUAACGCGCCGAGCGUUCGAGCGAGCACGGGAUUACAUCGCGCGAGUGCGAUUACGGCGACGACGACGACGCGAGACCGUGCGGGACCUGCGUAGUCGCGUCCCACGCAACUCGCGAUCUCGACGGCGUCUCGUUAAUCUGUCACUCGGUGUACAUCCCGACGUCAAGGAGAUUAAGCUAAACAAAUCGACGUAAUUGCGGAGCGAGUCGCGGAUUAAUCGCCCGACCAAAGUGCGUCUAGCCGAUCACAUCGGGAAGAAAGUGAAGAGAGCGCCGAUGUGAUUAAUUCGCUCGUUUCGCGACGAAAUACGCGGCCUCGGUCGCGCCGGCGACAUGCACGUGUGGACCAAGGAGGCGUGCACCAGCGCGAAGAGCGCGGGUUUAUUGGAGAGGAAGCAGGCGAGGGCCUGCAGAGCCACACCGGAUCUGAUGUCCAGCUUAGUGCAAGCCGCCGAGGACACGUCGACGGUGUGUCAACAGGCGUUUCGACAUCGCAGAUGGAACUGCAGCAGCAUCGAGCGUGCGCCCGACUACACGCCUGAAUUGCUCACAGGCACGAGAGAGCAGGCCUUCGUCUACGCGAUGUCGGCCGCAGCCGCGGUUUGGCGACUUGCACGGGGAUGCGCUCUGGGGAGCCUCGCGGCUUGUUCCUGCGCGACGCCACCACGAAGAGAGCCGCCGUCACCCUCGGCGCUCAUCUCACCCUCGUCCUUCACCACCAUGUCCGUCUCCUUCGACACGCUGUCCGCGAGGAACUCCUUCAAGUGGGGCGGUUGCGGGGAUGACGUGAGAUCCGCCUCGAGGAUGGCGAAGCGGUUCCUCCAGGGUGCUACGCCGCCUGGUACCGGCGCGACCGCCAAGUUCAUGCACGCGGUCAAUAUGCAUAACAACAGGGCGGGCAGGAGGGCGGUCGAGCAAUCUUUGACCUUGGAGUGCAAGUGCCACGGGGUGUCGGGAUCCUGCAGCGUGCGUACCUGCUGGCGCGGUCUGGGCGCGACCGGGCCGUCCGCCGCCGGUAGUCGUUUGCUCCGCAGAUACGCCACCGCGGCUGAGGUCAGACCGCGACCCGGCGGCAGGCUGCCGCCUCUGUAUCACCACGACAAUCUGCUGUACACCACCAAAAGCCCGGACUACUGUCUGCCGGACAAGAAGAGGGGUAGCCUCGGCACGAUCGGCAGGCAAUGCAACGGCAGCAGUUCCGGCUACGAGGGCUGCGAGUACCUGUGCUGCGGCCGAGGACACGUCACCAGGACCGAGGAGAUCCUGGAGCGGUGCGACUGCAAAUAUUUCAGCUGCUGCUACGUGAAGUGCAAGACGUGCCGGAGGAUCGUGAAGACGUACGAGUGCAAUUGAUUGGUACGCGGGGCCGACGGGGGCUGGAGCGAUCUUAACGCGUGAAUCGCGCGUCUCCGCGCGGCGGAGGUCCGGGAAAACUCGGCGGAAAACUCGGCGAGAAAUUCGACGCUUCGCGCGCGGACGCGAGAGCGCGCGAGGCUAAUUAUUUAGACGAUAUAAAUUAUUUACCUUAUGAAUGUGCGUGUAUAUGUGUGUGUACGUGUGUGUGUGUGUCGAGAAUACACAAGAUAUAACUAUAAGCGGCAGUACGUACAUAGAGGGAUUAUUUAUAUCGUGCUACUUGCUAUUUAUUCAACGUGUGUGCGUGCGUGCGUGUCAACGUGGCGAAGCCGUGACGACGGUAAUCCAUUUCGCCUCCUCUCGAUAAUCGCGGAAUUAAUGUAAAUUGCGUCGCGAAGGGAUCGUUCCCCGACGCUACUCUAAGCGUAGAUCAGAGCGAUGUACAUAAAAUGCCGGACUUUCAGAGAAUAUGCGUGGAUAUGUGUGUGUGUAUGAGAGGGAGAGAGAGAGAGAGAGAGGGAGAGAGGGAGAUGUAACGUUACAUUCUGCAAAUACACGCAUCGGCUU